GAAAGUGUGUGGGCGGGGGCUUAAACGUAGUAUUUUGUCCGUCUUGAAAUUUGAUUCAGAAGUUGAGACUGUAUACCAGAUUCUAGAAGACAAAAGUUGGGGGAAGGAAAAAAUAACGAAGAAAUUGAAACAACAGUAAUUCUGCAUCCCUAGAAAAAUUAUUUCUGUAGGCUGUGCGACUAUGACGGGGCGUCAAGCCACCAACCCAGAAGAUGGCAAAGAGAUUGACAGUGUGAAGGAGUCCAUCAGUGACAUCAUCAAUCAACUGCAGGAUAUUGACCCUGCCAGGCUGUCAUUCUCUCCAUUCCUCGACCUGGACACCCAGAUCUCUUUAGCACCAGUGUCUGACAGUCCUGAAUCUUCAGUGGAGGAGCUCCACUCCUCUUCUCACUCAGUCAUGGGCUCUCACCACUCCCUGGAAGCCCUGCCAGCUGAUCAAGUUGUCCAGCUUGAUUCCUGCCACCAGCAACCCAGCGAGGGCUUCAAAGCAGAGCGAAGACCGCAAGAGGGAGUUCAGGAUGGAACUAUUUCAAGUCCGAUUGCUCUUGUGCAGAAUUUGGAAGACCCGGUGGAAAACUGCAUCAGCACUCCAAAUCUAGCCUCUCGCAGAGACAUUCCCAAUGGCACAGACACACAGAGAUGGAGUCCAGAAUCCAACAAUCUGGAGUCCACCAUUGAUGAAGGCCAACCGUUGCUCGGCUUGCCACCGGAGAGCAUAGAGUUGACUAUGUGGAGUUCCCAAGAUCAAGAGACUUGUGAGGCUGUCCCAGAGGUGGCAGACAAGAGACUGUGGUGCUGCUGCUGUAGAUGUUGCCAAAGUGGCCGUGUUCCUGCUGUGUGCUCAGUCCUGGCCUCCCUUCUGAUUACUGCAGGGCUUCUCUAUGCACUUUAUUUCUAUGUUCCCAUAGAUUCCCCAGACUGCCCUGACAUGGUCAGCCGCCUCACUUUCACACUUUGCUGCUGUGCCGUAGCUGCAGUCCCCAUCUUGUUGGCUAUGCUGAUUGGUGCUAUGUGCCAGUUCUGCACUGGAUCUUUAAAUCCAGCUGAGGCUCUCCAUAGAAGACCGACCAUUCAGCAGCUGUUUGUCUCUGCAUCUAUGGAGCAGUUGUUUCUCUACGUUCUCAAUCUGUUGGUUCUGGCUACAUUCCUGCCUCAAGACCAGCUGCGGGUGGUGCCCAUUUUGACUGGCGUUUUCGUUGGUGGGAGGCUUAUCUACUGGCUCUGCUUCCACAUAUGUAGCCCCUGGAGAGGCUUUGGAUCGGGGCUCACUGUUUUCCCACUCCUUGCCAUGGUGGCUUUCAAUCUGUACUGUCUGUACGACUUGAGCCUCAGACAGCUGCUCUUUGGGUCGGAGGACACACUCUAUUAUCAGACCACCCCUUCAUCUUGGCCUCUGGAGGUGUCACAGAGCUCCAGUGGCAAAUCAGAUAGUGUCAUACCCACGGACAUCUUGGAAACUCAGUAAGGAGGAGAGCACUGUCCCUUAUAACUUAAAGAGAAAGCUUAGAACCCAGAAAUAGCCCAUUCCUGUGGUCUGAAGUUCAGCAGAGCUUCACAGAAUGCCACUAACCUCUAAGUCUGUAAAGGCUUAAGUUGUAUUUUGCUCCUCAUAUACAGGACCUUUUUAUGUGGAUUCAUGCUUAUUAUCUGAAAUGCAAGAGCCGUUCCUCCCUUUAGUUGUGGAGGAAGUCUUUGAACAAUGUUCUACUUCUAAAUGUGUGUCCUUUUAAGCUAUUCUAGUGCCUAUAUUUAAUGUUUUGUGAAGUACUUUGACUUAAAAGUUAUAAUUGCAAAUGGAUGGAUAUUCUACCAAUUGAUGUGUUCUUAUAAAAACCACUGAAUGCAACUUGGGUCCCAAAUAGACUUUUAUUUUAUCCAUCCAAAAGUUUGUAAAUGAUACUGAAGUAACAAUAAAAGCUAUUUGGAAAAUAA